AUGCACCGACGGCAUGCGGCACGGCAAGAGAGGAGGAGGAAGCAGUUAGAGGAGGCGGUGGGAGACCUGCAUGCUGUACAGAGCCUGCUCGACCUUCAGAACGAGGAUGGAGCUUCUUGCUGGCCGACAUCGGAUGCCUCAUGGGUCCCAGACUGGGAGUCGCUGCCUUCCAACCUGGAUCCUGCAUGUGCUGAACUAUCCGAGGACGAGAAGCCAGGAAGAGCGCAGAGAAAGAGGAAGCAACUGGAGGCCAUGGCAGCGUCUAUCAUGCCAUUUGUUGACAGACUGAUUGAAGAACGGCAACAGCAGCGGGUGAGAAUCGUAGAGUUUGGAUCGGGAACUGGACACCUUGGUAUUCUCAUCGCCUACCUCAGGAGAGAGAGUACCCAUGUGACGCUUGUGGAGAGGAAAGAUUACACUUGUAGGAUAGCACAGGAUCGCAUCUCCUCCUUGAAGUUGGACAACGUCCAAGUUUUCUGUGGAGACAUUGAGGACUAUGCGAGCAGUCGGCAAGUGUUUGACCUUGGAACAUCCUUGCACUCGUGCGGGGUUCUUACAGACCUCAUCCUCGACCUCUGCUGCUCCGUCCAUGCUUCCUACGUCCUCUGCCCCUGCUGCUAUGGCCAAUGCUCCCGCAGCGAGAACCUGUCGAGGUUCCAGAGGCCAAGAUCGAAGCAGUUUGCGGAAGUAAUGAAUGAAGAGAGGUUUUCGUCGAUCCUCUCAGGAGCUGAUUAUGCAAUCGGCCAAGGCGACUGGAACUUCGAUGACUGUCCCAACUUCGCCAAGGCAAAGUUCUGCAUGCGCAUCGUGGACGCCGACAGGAAUCUUAGCUCGGAGCGCAUGUCAUGCUACAGGACAUGCCUGCGGUCGUUGAAUCCUCUCAACUGCAGCCCGAAGAACAAUGUGGUGGUAGGGUUGCACUCAGCAUCUUGCAUGGUCCUCAACAGGUAG